AAAUACAUACGUAUGCCACCUCUACACUUCCGGUAGAUGGUGGUUUUGUAAACAUGGGGAAUUUAACCUUAGUAGAUGUAUUAUGAAUGGAAUUUGUAGAUUUAUAUUAGGUCCACAACUUUCUGCAGGAUGGAAAGAGCAUCUCGCAAUGAGCUUGUCAGGACUAUUGAAGCACAAAAAGAGAAAAUAGCAAAAUAUGAGGCAAAACUCAAAGACUUGGUUUUGGCUUACAAAGGACUGUCUAAAGAGAAGGAAGCAUUAGACGCUAGUUUUAAGAUCCUCUCACAGAAAAAAUCUGAAAAUGAGGCUCCAUUGUCUGACCAGAAAAAGAAGAUUGAGGGAGAAGACCAAUCAAAUUGUAAUGAGAAAGAGAACCAGUUUACUGAUCCACUGCAGGUCACUAACCAGGAGGACAAUAAGGAUGAAGAGAUUUCAGAAUCGGGAUCCACGGAAUCUGACCAAAUAAAGACCCUGACUGAGUCCUUAUUCACCCUGACCCAAGAGAAGUCCAAGCUGGAGGGCAAUUACCUCGCCGACAAAAAACGGUUGCUGCAAGAAAAUGAGGACUUAAACAAGAAGAUCACUGAAGAGAAAGAGAAGGCUGACCUUGACAUGAAAAGACUGGAGAAGCAGAUACAAGAGUUGAAGAUGCGUGUGCGAGAACAGCAGAUGGAGAGAGAGAAGGAGGAGGGUGAUCAUGCCCUGAUGCUACGUGAACUUCAGAAACUGCUGGCCCAGGAGCGCACCUCUAAAGACCAGCUGGAAAAUCAGCUGGAUGAUUUAAAGUUCACACUCUCGGAGAAAAGUCAGCUGUUACCAAGCAUGUCACAAGCCUACGAAAAAAGGAUAACAGAACUGACCUCUGAACUGAAGGAGGUCAAGGACAAGUUACAGGCAGAGAAAAUCAAAGCAGAAAAACCCCCGGAGGGACUAAAGCAACUCCAGAGCGAGAUGACAAAAAUGAAGAAAGAAUAUCAGCUCCAGCUUCUGGAGGAACAAAAGAGAAGCUCCGAAUCUGAUGGCAAACUGGAACGAUAUCGUCAGACGAGUGAAAACCGUGUAUCAGGUCUGGAAUCUAAAAUCUCCGAACUGUCGGACAUGGUGGGAAAUUACGAACGGUACAAAGUUCAAGACCAACAGACCAUACAGCGACUGAAGGAACGGAUGUCUCAGCUCGAUCUGGAGAACACUGCGCUGUCACGGUCUGCUAGUCAGAUCAAGAGUUAUGAUGAGGAGUGGGGGAGUUUAGAAGCAGCACAGCUUGGUGAUCUCAUAGUAAACCUGCAGGGUUUUUUACGGGAAGCUAACCAGCGAGCAGCUACGCCAGUUUUACUGGAAGACUUGCUUCGAGACGAAGAUGGGAAUUGUCCAAAGUGUAGAAAAAACCGAGAGGAGCUAGAAAAUGUGAAGGAGGAAUAUGAGAGAUACAAACUUCGGGCUCAGAGUGUGCUGAAAAACAAAACAACCAAGGAUUCUGGGACCAGCAAGGAAAUGGAGACAUUGAAAUCUCAGAUAAAUGAACUCCGAGAGAGGAUGAAGGUGACUCACUUACAGCAUGAAGCCGAGCUGGAGAAAGAGAAACAGAAGACAGAGACAGCUCAUAAAACUCUGGUGUCUGUCCAGGAAAAACAGAAGGCUGAAAUUCUCCACCUAGAGGCGGAAUACCAACAUCAGAAGAGCGAGCUGGAAAUGGAAAUCCGUAAACAGCGCGAACGAACUGUGUCAUUGCUGGCAGAGAAAGAUCGGGAUAUUGAGGUGUUGAAGACCUCUGUGCCAAUCUAUGAUGAACGUUACUUUGUACAAAAUCCUCCCGAUUCGGGAGCUUCUGCGGAAUUCCCUGGAGGGAAGUCUGAGGAGGAGAGAGCUGUGUCACGGUUACUGAACAUGUCGUCCCUAAAUCAGGGUGACUCUAAUCUUUUCUUCCGACAGGAACUCUCCAGAAAAGAGGUAGAAAUAAACGCUUUACGUAAACAAAAGCAUGAACUGGAGUCAGGUCUGAGAGAGUUACAGAUGAGCAAUCUGACUAAAGAGGAGUCGUUUACAGAACAAAUUGAGACAUUGCGAGAGGAAAUUCGACGAAAUGUUAGGUGUAAAGCCAGAGAAGGGGCAAACCUGGAGUAUCUGAAAAAUGUGACAUACAAAUUCUUGACAAGCUUUGAUCCCAAGGCCAAACAACAGAUGUUGAACGCUAUCACCACCAUUCUACAGUUCAGUCCUCAGGAGAAAUCCGUUGUUCAUACACAACUCAAGAGUUGGUGGGCUGGUACUUUAUGAUCAGGGUUAAUAUCCAGUACUCUGUGAUCAGGGUUAAUAUCCAGAACUCUUUAAUCAGGGCCAACAUGUUCAUUUUUCUUUUCCUGGGAAAUAUUGUUUAGGGUUUUUUUUUUGUCAUUUGCAAAACAUAACAACACUUAGGGAUCAAUUUCCCAUCCUCUGCCUGUCUCUUUGUCACACCCUGUAACUUUGUAUCUGUUAGAGACAGGACUUUGUCACACCCUGUAACUUUGUAUUUGUUAGAGACAGGACUUUGUCAUUCAAUAGCAUGUAUAUUCAGUAUGUACAUGUAUAGUUAAUUUAAUGUAUACCAUUAUUGCUGAUGUCUUCACUGGUUUACUUCAUCGCUGGCUGAUGUCAUAACUGGCUGAUGUCAUCGCUGGCUGUCUUUGCUGGCUGAUGUCAUCGCUGGCUGUCAUCGCUGGCUGAUGUCAUUGCUGGUGACACACAUGUUCCUUGGAACACUAUUGUAAUAUUUAUGACUAUGAAUAAAUGUGUUUUGUGAAAACAGUAAUAAUCAGUAUGCUGUAUGUAUAUAAGUGAAGGCAAAGAAAAAUAACUAUUGUAGGGUCAUUGAGAAUCUAAUCUGGCAAUAUUUCUUAUUGUGAUUGGUUGUUUAAAAGAAUUCAGUUUUUACUUAAUACCCACAAAAUUUUGUUCUGAUAUACUGUGAUCAAAUUGUAUUCUGCUGUUCAUUUUGACGGUUGUAAAUUCAACAUUCAGGUGUUGCAUACUUUGAGGUUUCCUGUAUGUCCUGUGUUCAGGGUUCAAUCACUGAUGCCGAUCUUUGAAGACAUUCGAUCAUUGUGUACGAAUACAUGUAUUGGUGUCCCUCUGGAUCAUCUGCACUCUAUAUAGAUUUUUGUGGGGUCUUUAUGUACAUGAGAAAUGCUAAACUCAUAAUUCCAGUAUUGAAUCAUGUAUUUACUAGAUAUGUCACAUUUUCUCUUGAUUGGCCAAAUUUUUGUUUGACUUCAAAUUGUACCACCAUAAUCAAAUUUAGAUGGAAUUAAUUAUCAUAUCCUAACUUUGCAUAUUUAUGAAAAUGGUUCUUUUGGAAAAAUUAUCUGUGAAUUUUUUUUUCGACUAUAAAGCAAAUUGUGAAUGUUAUGAACUUUGUAAUGCCAUACUCAGAGAGUAUUUGGUUUGAGUUAAAUCUUUGAAAUUUUUUCAAGUUGAAAAUAGCUGAUUUUCAGAGAAAUCAAUUGAGGCUCAGGAAAAGUAUGAUGUCACGUUCAUGCUUUAUUAAUAUUUUUGUUUAUGGACCAAUCAUCACGAAGGUACACUGUUAUUUGAAGAAAGUACAUUGUUUUACGUGUUAAAUUUAAUUUUUUUAUUUGUAAGAUACAGUUCAUUAGAUAUUUCAUUCACCAGGUAUAACAAUAUGCUAGAUUCCCCUGUACCAGCUGUAGUAAAAGGCUUCAUUAUCACA